AUGUAGCAUUCCAAAAAAUCAAAUAUAAGUAUUAAAGAAGUUCAACAUGAGAAAUGCUUGAAUUGUAAUAAACCAUUUAUCUCUUCUCAAUUGAAAGAUCAUUAGGCUAUCUGUGCUGUAAUUAUAUCAGAAAAAGAUUUCGAAAAUUUGGAUUAAUAGCUUGCUCUACUGAUUGAAUAAAAUAAAUUUUAAUCAAAUAUAUUUGGAUAUCCCAAUCAAGCUAAUUAAAAUUAAUAAUUAAAACCUAAAAUUUAAAUAGGAAUAGAAAAUGUUCCAGAACCAAUAAAACACAAUUUAUUAUCCAUAAAGCCAGCUUUCUUAUAAAAUUAAGAUUUAUAAGUUUACCUAGAAAAAAAACAAGUUUCUUCAAAUUAAACCCAACCUCAAUCAUAUAAAAUUUAAGAAUAAUUUGAUAUUUAACAAUUAAAUUAAUAAGAUUAAUUUUAAAGGGAUGAUCUCAAUAAAUCUAAACAGAAUUAGAUAAAGAUUACAGAAAAUUAAAUAGAACCUCAAUAAUUUCUUGUUUAAAAUAAAAUAACUUAAGAUGCGAUACAAAAUUAAAAUUUACAUAAUACAAAUACUCAAUUUGAAAAAUACUAAUAAAAAUAAAUUCCUUUAGAAAAUAAAUUGCAGGUUAAUUCAAAUACACUAAUUUAAGAAAAGAAAAAUCUAAAAAAUGCCAUAAAAGAAAUAGAUGAUUAGUAAUUCAAUUAUCCAUAUACUUCAAAUAUUUAAGAUGUACAAUAGCAAGUAAACAGCAAUUAAUAAUUUGUUUAGAAUUUAUUAGAUUAAAAUAAAAUUUUUGAUAUUUAUCCUCUGAAGAUUUAAUAAUAAUAAUAAUAAUAGUUAUCAUUCUCAAAUAACUAAUUGUUAUUAAAUGAAGAACAAGAACAAUAGUUUCAAAAUUUAUAGUAAGGCUAAUAAUUAAUAUAUUAAUAAAAAAAUAAAGAUAUUAAAAUUUAUUUAGAAGAGCCAAAAAAUAGUGAUUUAAAAAAUGAAGAUUAAAGUAAAUAAGCUUAGGAAAUAAUAAUAAUAUCGAAAAAAAAAGUUCAAAAAGAAAAAUCGCUAAAUGAAAAAUAGAUUAUUGAAAUUUAAACUUAAUAAAACUAAAAGUAGAUUAAUUAAUAAAGUUUACAAGACAAUCAAAAGAAACAAAAAGAAUUUAAUUAAAGUUUAUAACCAUAAUAAAAUAAACAAAGAUAGGCUGAAAAUAAAAAAAUAAAGAUAAGCUUAAUUGACAGCAUUGCAAGUAAUAAGAAUCAGGUAAGUUAAUAAUUUUUAUAUUAACCUGGUAUAAUCAUUACAGAUUAGCAAGUAAAUUAAAUGUCUCCAGAAGAAAUUUACGAGUAUUUCACUUAAUUAGAUUAAUAAAAUUAAGUAGGAUUAUAAAGCAAGAUUAAUUUAUUAGAUAAUCAACGAGUAAAAGUAAGUGCAACAGAAAAUUGUCCAAUUUGUAUGGAAGAUAUCUAGCCCUAAAAAGAGGCUGUUGAUAUUAGAUUAGAUUGCAAUCAUUUAUUUCACUAUGAUUGUAUCAAGUAAUGGUUAUUGUAAUAAAAAUUCUGCCCUAUAUGCAAAGAAAGGAUUUAUUUAAUUAAUUACUAUAAUUUUGAAUGA